AUGAUCUAAUGGCAGACCAAAGAAUGGACAUUACCUCUACAAUGAAUGAGUUCAUGUCCCCCAGCUCCAGCGACCUGAUCAGCAGCUCCGUCAACACCCCAGGCAUGGACUACACCCGCAAGAGGAAGGGCAGCACCUCCGACUACCAGUAAGCAUCCCCAUCACCUCACUGUGGCCCACUCAGUCACCGUACACAGUCUCCCCCAGCCUCCCACCACAGUCAGUGCUGGAGAUUGUGUUCACAUAAUUUUUAAAGCUAUGAAUGAAUAAUUAACCCAACCCACUUACUUCACCUGCUAUAGUUAUGAGAAAAUCGUGCCCAUUCUGCAAUAAGAAAUUGUUAUGGCAUUGUGCUAUAUUGACUCAUUUGUAUGUCUACUCUGUAAUUUUCCUGCAAUCUGUUAUUGAUCCACAUUCAUCUGACAACGGAAUGAUUAACGCGUUAUUUUCUUUGCAGAAUUGAUGGAUUUUCUUUCGAGUAAGUAUGGUUUUAUUUUUUACCUUUGGUUGCAGUUAGCUUUUUGCUUAGAUACUUUGAAUAUUAUAGUGUGAAUGGAUAUAAAGGUUUGGAAACAGGACUUGUAGACGGAACUAGUGCUAGGAAGAGUUGAUGUCUUUUUGGGCGGGAAUCUGAUGGCAUCUGAUUAUCUUCCACAGCGAUAGCAGUAUGGAUACAGAAAAGGAUAAACUUAGGUAAGAAUUUUGGCAGCAAAAAGCAUGAAUUACCCUACACUAUGAGGCUAUUUUUUUCUUCUUCAUAUAACUGGUUCUAUAUUGUACAGGGGAGGCAGAGAUGUUAAGAUAGUGGUUUCACUGCAAAAUUGAGUAGGUGUUAAUCUAUUGUCAUUAUAUGUACCAGUGGUGAAGGGAUACAGACUCGUAAGUGGUUGUUAUUGUAACAGGACCUGUGUUGUGUGUGUGUGUGAUUGCUGCCAGACAUUUUCCACUAAAACAUCGCUCCUUUUUUCCUUCUUCCAGGGAGUGUGGUGAUCACCAGGGCCGGAUAAAAAAUGCCAGGUACCCAGACUCAUUCCUGAAUCCUCAUGUUUCACUUUUUAAAGUCUCUGUCGGCAGCUACGCAUAGUGUUUCUAGUGACCUGGCAAGCGGUUAAACUACAGGAUCAAAUAUAUUCUAAUCUCUUUCCAGGGUGAAUUGAAUGCUCCUUUCUUUAUUAGAGACAGAGAAAGCCUUGUGUCCCAUCGAUGAAUAGGCACUUUAUGUUGUCUAUAGAUUGCACUGUGGAACAGAAGGACUGGGAGUCAUUCUAACUGUUUGCUUUCUGCUACACUGCCAAUAGGGAGGCACACAGUCAGAUUGAGAAGCGGCGCAGGGACAAGAUGAACAGCUUCAUAGACGAGCUGGCGGCGCUAGUGCCUACCUGCAACGCUAUGUCCCGCAAGCUGGACAAACUCACGGUCCUACGCAUGGCUGUCCAGCAUAUGAAGACAUUACGAGGUGAGAUGGAGUGAGAUGCAGACAGAGACAGCAGGCAAAUUAUCACUGGACAUCAAAGAUGUUACUUGAGAUAAUUUUUUGUUUCUCUACAGGAGCAGCAAACCCUUACACAGAGGCGAACUACAAGCCAUCUUUCCUGUCCGAUGAUGAACUAAAGCACUUAAUAUUGAGGGUAGGUUCAAGCCCUCCUUUAACUCCUCUUUGCUAAGUUCCUCUCUGCUAUCUGGGUGAGCCUGAUGACACAAGCCUCAAUGUUUUUUUGUGUCUUCCUUUAGGCUGCUGAUGGCUUUCUUUUUGUUGUUGGAUGUGAUCGUGGGAAGAUCCUUUUCGUCUCAGAGUCAGUUUACAAGAUCCUCAACUAUUGCCAGGUACGUCUCCAUUCCUGUCAAAUGUCCUACUGUUAUACUGUAAUUCUUGUUGUACUAUAUCAGACCAGAUCUGAGCUCACAAAUGCUCAUUCCCAAAGUCAAUCUCCCCUCUCCUCUCCCUUUCCUCAGAAUGACCUGAUUGGCCAGAGUCUGUUUGAUUACCUGCAUCCUAAAGACAUCGCCAAAGUCAAGGAGCAACUGUCGUCAUCGGAUACAGCACCCCGGGAGCGACUCAUCGAUGCCAAAAGUAAACACUCCCUCCUGUCUUGUCAGACCCUGUCCUCAUAAGGGCAGGAAGUAGUCAAACAGAAUUGAUGCAGACUCGGGGAGGAAAAUCAAUACAGCAUUAUGCCUCAUUAAAAACUGUAUGCCAAUUACCUGGCAGUUUACCUGCUAUAUUAUGUAUAUAAACAUCCUGGCAUAUAAGAGUAUAAUGCUUUUAACAUUAUAUUGAAGUUAUUGGGAAUGAGUAGCUCACAAUGUUCAGCAGUGGUCUUAUACGAUGUGAUUGUUCUCCCUCAGCCGGCCUACCAGUUAAGACAGACAUCACCCCUGGGCCAUCUCGACUGUGCUCCGGGGCCAGACGCUCAUUCUUCUGCCGAAUGAAGUGUAACCGGCCCUACGUCAAAACAGAGGACAAGGACUUCCCCUCCACCUGCUCCAAAAAGAAAGGUACCCAUAUCAAGAUCUAGGCCAGCCUCCUUCCCUGAUGACUUUAUUUUGAUACUCAGAAACCUGGCAACACAGAUCAUUAGCAUCAUACUAGCAUUACAAUUUGAGUACAGGAUGUAUGCUUCUCUAUGUACCAAAUGGCUUGGCUAAUAAACAAUAUGCUUAUUUUAGAACUUCAAGUGAAACUAUCGAGGAUUAAAAACUACCUCGUAAUUUUUUUAAACCUCCCGUUUUGUAAUCUACGUGUCAAUGUAUGGCUUAUACAUGCAAACUAAACCAUCUGCAGUCCUCUCCCAGCAGAGAAAGGCACAGAAUUCUUACAUUCUAACCUGGCAUCAUUUAGUGCUCGUUCCUGUCACGUGGAGCAGGGAUAGUUAGAUCUGUUAGACAUCGGUAGUAGUUUAAUUUGUCUUUCAAUGCAUAUCUCUGGAAAACAAGCAGAAAAUUAUGUGUGCUAAAGAUGGCUUUGUAGCCAGACAAAUACAUUCUAAGAUAAUUUGUCAGCCAGAUCAGAAACACUAUGCUCACAACCUGUAUCUCCUAAAUGGUGUCACUGGUGUACUUGGUUAGACUUUUUGAAUAUAUUGCGCAAUAGACUUGUAGUGUUGCACGCUAUACUGAAACUUCGGUACUUUUUCGAUACCAGAACAUGAAAAACGGUUUGGUAAUAUAAUUGUUACUUUUGGUAUUUCUGUCAAAAAUCUCACGUCACAUACGGAUUGAUAGGAUCGAGUCUGUCUAAUAAUUUGUUUGAAUCUUCUCAAGGGGGCAGUUGUAAGCUAGCCAGACACAGCGCAAGCCACUUUUGAGAAGCAAGCGAGAGGAGAGAAAAUGGUGACAGCAUUGCUUCUUCUAAUGAAAACAUCAUACAUUCACGCCAGCAGCUUGUUGACAAAACUGGCUCCAGAAGCGAACUAUGGGAAUAUUUUGCUUACACAGCAGAUGAUCAGGACCAGCCCACCGAAACCACUAGACAAAAAGUGUUACAAAGCAGUGCAAGGGAGGUUUAGUUCCAAAACAACAUACAAAAAAAAAAUAUAUUUACACAUUAUUUGCAUUGUAACGGUAUUCUACUAGCAACUAAAUUGGAAUUAUUGAGUGACAAUGACAUGAACAUACAGUUGAAGUCGGAAGUUUACAUACACUUAGGUUGGAGUCAUUAAAACUUGUUUUUCAACCACUGCACAAAUUUCUUGUUAACAAACUAUAGUUUUGGCAGGUCGGUUAGGACAUCUACUUUGUGCAUGACACAAGUAAAUUUUCCAACAGUUGUUUACAGACAGAUUAAUUCACUGUAUCACAAUUCCAGUGGGUCAGAAGUUUACAUACACUAAGUUGACUGUGCCUUUUAAACAGCUUGGAAAAUUCCAGAAAAUUAUGUCAUGGCUUUAGAAGCUUCUGAUAGGCUAAUUGACAUCAUUUGAGUCAAUUGGAGGUGUACCUGUGGAUGUAUUUCAAGGCCUACCUUCAAACUCGGUGCCUCUUUGCUUGACAUCAUGGGAAAAUCAAAAGAAAUCAGCCAAGACUGCAGAAAAAAUAUUGUAGACCUUCACAAGUCUGGUUCAUCAUGGGGAGCAAUUUCCAAACGCCUGAAGGUACCACGUUCAUCUGUACAAACAAUAGUACAUAAGUAUAAACACCAUGGGACCACGCAGCCGUCGUACCGCUCAGGAAGGAGACGCGUUCUUUCUCCUAGAGAUGAACGUACUUUGGUGCGAAAAGUGCAAAUCAAUCCCAGAACAACAGCAAAGGACCUUGUGAAGAUGCUGGAGGAAACGGGUACAAAAGUAUCUAUAUCCACAGUAAAACGAGUCCUAUAUCGACGUAACCUGAAAGGCCACUCAGCAAGGAAGAAUCCACUGCUCCAAAACCACCAUAAAAAAGCCAGACAACGGUUUGCAACUGCACAUGGGGACAAAGAUCGUACUUUUUGGAGAAAUGUCCUCUGGUCUGAUGAAACAAAAAUAGAACUGUUUGGCCAUAAUGACCAUCGUUAUGUUUGGAGGAAAAAGGUGGUGGCUUGCAAGCCGAAGAACACCAUCCCAACCGUGAAGCACAGGGAUGGCAGCAUCAUGCGGUGGGGGUGCUUUGCUGCAGGACUGGUGCACUUCAUAAAAUAGAUGGCAUCAUGAGGAAGGAAAAUGAUGUUGAUAUAUUGAAGCAACCUCUCAAGACAUCAGUCAGGAUGUUAAAGCUUGGUCGCAAAUGGGUCUUCCAAAUGGACAAUGACCCCAAGCAUACUUCCAAAGUUAUUGGCCAUCACAAAGCCCUGACCUCAAUCCUAUAGAAAAUGUGUGGGCAGAACUGAAAAAGCGUGUGCGAGCAAGGAGGCCUACAAACCCGACUCAGUUACACCAGCUCUGUCAGGAGGAGUGAGCCAAAAUUCACCCACCUUAUUGUGGGAAGCUUGUGGAAGACUACCCGAAACGUUUGACCCAAGUUAAAGAAUUUAAAGGCAAUGCUACCAAAUACUAAUUGAGUGUAUGUGAACUUCUGACCCACUGGGAAUGUGAUGAAAGAAAUAAAAGCUGAAAUAAAUCAUUCUCUCUACUAUUAUUCUGACAUUUCACAUUCUUUUUUUUGCCAUUGUAUCGUUUUGGUAUCGAGUACCGUUUCGGUAUCGAGUAUUGUGAUACUAAACCUGGUAUUGGUAUCGAAGUCAAAAUUCGGGACAACACUACCAGAGGCUACAAGGUUUUUACCAGGCACGCGUCCAUCCAUUUAUCCCGUUCGCUUUAUCCCGUUCACAAAUCGCAUACCUUUUUUGUUGUCAACUAUCCAUCCAUAUCUAAUAAUUCAAUUUGUCCACAUUUUGUCUUUAUAAACUUUCACACAUGUAUUCCAUGAUAUUGGGUAAUCCAAUGGGCAACACAGCAGCUGUUGAUUGCCAGCGAUUAUCAUUCAUCACAUAGGCAUAUGUUAUAUAUAAUUAAUACACGACUUUGAAGGAGUAGGACAUUUGAUGCAUACUAGUCUGAGACCAUGCAUGCAACAACAGGAACUAGCCGGCAACAACCGAACAUAAUGGACAAUGUUGAUUGGCAGAUGGAAUGAUGUCCAAUGAGGUUGCAAGUUUUUAAAGUGGGAGGCGAGAUCAGGUUGGCCUAGUAUUGUCCAAUGAGGUUGUGGGGUGGGCCAAGGACAUGCACACCAGUUUUAUUUUAUUCAUUUUUGUACUAUUUUUAAAAAACUAUUUUUGUGCACAUGCUACAUGGGCUAGAGCAAUUUUCGGGCACCCUUUUUAGGCUCUUGAGUGCUACUUUCAGAACUACUUGCUUAAAAGUAUACAAAACCUCUGUUCAAUCUUUAAUAUGUGCUGUGAUUAAAACCAUUUAGUAAGCAAAGCUGUGUAGGUUAUGCAAAACGGCAAGCAAAUCUCCAGUGGAGCUCUCGUUGAAUAUUUCAGUGAUUAUUAAUAUUUUAUCUAGGAAAACUUUAUUCUCCCCUUGAUUGACCCCUGAUUCAGAUGGCUAGUAUUACUUGUUUGCUUAGCUUGUGGUUUUCUCAUUUAAAUCAUUUAGACUUGACUUAGUCAUGGACCACCUGUAAACAGAUGGAUAACCAUUUGUAUGGGAGGAAAGAUAUUUACAAUGUUUCUUUUUCUACUUACAGCCGACCGUAAGAGCUUCUGCACGAUCCACAGUACUGGCUACCUGAAGAGCUGGCCGCCCACCAAGAUGGGCCUGGACGAUGACAACGAGCCUGACAACGAGGGCUGUAACCUCAACUGCCUGGUGGCCAUCGGCCGGCUGCACCCCCACAUUGUCCCCCAGCCCUCCCACGAGGACAUCCGCGUCAAACCCACCGAAUACGUCUGCCGCCAUGCCAUUGAUGGGAAGUUUGUCUUUGUUGACCAGAGGUACGAUGAUGGAGCUUAUGACUUCAUUUUACUAUGACAUUUUUAGUUUAUGAUUAGAUGUGCGGUAGUCGGUCAUAAAGUUGGCCAAGAAAACACACAUUCUAAAAGUAUGGUUUAAACUAAUACGUGAAGAGGCAACAAAUCAUCAGUAAAUUUCUCCUCUUCAACCACCCUUCACCCAGAUUAGCCCAUCUAUACCAGCCUAGGCUUGUCAAGGCAGGUUCAGCCUCAGCAUAUUUUAUGAAUUAAUCUCCUGCUCACAGCUUGACACCUCACAGGCCACUAUUACUCAUGGCGAUAAUUAAAUUUCAUAAAAAUGUCAGUGAACUGAUUAAUGUUCAUAGGAAAUGCUCCGGUGCCAUUUUAAAGUCUCUUCAGUGUUCUCAUCUCAAAAACAAAGAGUUUCUUAUCUGUGCUGUUCUAUCUUUCCUCUCUAUUCAGGGCCACAGCCAUUCUUGCAUACUUACCCCAGGAGCUUCUUGGCACCUCCUUCUACGAGUAUUUCCAUCAGGAUGAUAUUGGCCACCUGGCAGAAUGUCACAGACAAGGUAUUGGAUCAACUGUCCAGCAUGACAACAUUCAUUUGUGAUUUACAUCUUACUAUAUUUAGUCACCACAUUUUGUUCUGUGACCUUACAUCCUGGGUAUCUUGUGUUUCACAGUGCUGCAGAUGAGAGAAAAGAUCAACACAAACUGUUACAAGUUCAAGAUUAAAGAUGGCUCCUUCAUCACUCUGCGAAGCCGCUGGUUCAGUUUCAUGAAUCCCUGGACCAAAGAGGUGGAGUACAUUGUCUCCACAAACACAGUGGUCUCGUAAGUCACCCAUCUCUCUACUGUCCUAUUUAUGAUGGUUACAUAGAGUAUGUUUUCAUAUACAGCGGGGAGAACAAGUAUUUGAUACACUGCCGAUUUUGCAGGUUUUCCUACUUACAAAGCAUGUAGAGGUCUGUAAUUUUUAUCAUAGGUACACUUCAACUGUGAGAGAUGGAAUCUAAAAAUCCAGAAAAUCACAUUGUAUGAUUUUUAAGUAAUUAAUUUGCAUUUUAUUGCAUGACAUAAGUAUUUGAUACAUCAGAAAAGCAGAACUUAAUAUUUGGUACAGAAACCUUUGUUUGCAAUUACAGAGAUCAUACGUUUCCUGUAGGUCUUGACCAGGUUUGCACACACUGCAGCAGGGAUUUUGGCCCACUCCUCCAUACAGACCUUCUCCAGAUCCUUCAGGUUUCGGGGCUGUCGCUGGGCAAUAUGGACUUUCAGCUCCCUCCAAAGAUGUUCUAUUGGGUUCAGGUCUGGAGACUGGCUAGGCCACUCCAGGACCUUGAGAUGCUUCUUACGGAGCCACUCCUUAGUUGCCCUGGCUGUGUGUUUCGGGUCGUUGUCAUGCUGGAAGACCCAGCCACGACCCAUCUUAAAUGCUCUUACUGAGGGAAGGAGGUUGUUGGCCAAGAUCUCGCGAUACAUGGCCCCAUCCAUCCUCCCCUCAAUACGGUGCAGUCGUCCUGUCCCCUUUGCAGAAAAGCAUCCCCAAAGAGUGAUGUUUCCACCUCCAUGCUUCACGGUUGGGAUGGUGUUCUUGGGGUUGUACUCAUCCUUCUUCUUCCUCCAAACACGGCGAGUGGAGUUUAGACCAAAAAGCUCUAUUUUUGUCUCAUCAGACCACAUUACCUUCUCCCAUUCCUCCUCUGGAUCAUCCAGAUGGUCAUUGGCAAACUUCAGACGCGCCUGGACAUGCGCUGGCUUGAGCAGGGGGACCUUGCGUGCGCUGCAGGAUUUUAAUCCAUGACGGCGUAGUGUGUUACUAAUGGUUUUCUUUGAGACUGUGGUCCCAGCUCUCUUCAGGUCAUUGACCAGGUCCUGCCGUGUAGUUCUGGGCUGAUCCCUCACCUUCCUCAUGAUCAUUGAUGCCCCACGAGGUGAGAUCUUGCAUGGAGCCCCAGACCGAGGGUGAUUGACCGUCAUCUUGAACUUCUUCCAUUUUCUAAUAAUUGCGCCAACAGUUGCCUUCUCACCAAGCUGCUUGCCUAUUGUCCUGUAGCCCAUCCCAGCCUUGUGCAGGUCUACAAUUUUAUCCCUGAUGUCCUUACACAGCUCUCUGGUCUUGGCCAUUGUGGAGAGGUUGGAGUCUGUUUGAUUGAGUGUGUGGACAGGUGUCUUUUAUACAGGUAACGAGUUCAAACAGGUGCAGUUAAUACAGGUAAUGAGUGGAGAACAGGAGGGCUUCUUAAAGAAAAACUAACAGGUCUGUGAGAGCCAGAAUUCUUACUGGUUGGUAGGUGAUCAAAUACUUAUGUCAUGCAAUAAAAUGCAAAUUAAUUACUUAAAAAUCAUACAAUGUGAUUUUCUGGAUUUUUGUUUUAGAUUCCGUCUCUCACAGUUGAAGUGUACCUAUGAUAAAAAUGACAGACCUCUACAUGCUUUGUAAGUAGGAAAACCUGCAAAAUCGGCAGUGUAUCAAAUACUUGUUCUCCCCACUGUAUGUUCAUGUGUCAUUGGGGCUUCAUUGAUCGUUUUAGAGCUAACUGGCAGUAUGUCGUGGAUGUACUGUUUUUGUACUUGAAACUGAUCCUGAUGUUGCUGUGUGAAUCCAUCUCUAGGUGCAGUAUGCUGGACGGUGCAGACCCCAGCUAUCCUCAGUCUGCUAUCUCUCCCACUGCCUCUAUGGACAGUGUGCUGACGUCAGAAGGUGACACUAUUGAAUGAUGUGAAAGAAGGCAUGCUUUUCUACAUAUCAGAGGGGCUUCCUUUAGGGCAUUGGAACAAGAUCUGAGAUUUGUCAGCUGAUUCUCUCUGUACGCAAAGAUACAAGCUAUAAUGAAUAGCUUCCUUUGUGAUUAAAUGUACUGUAUCUACGUGUACGAAAUGAUAAAACAUCGGAGAUCUUGUAACAAGACUAUAGGAGCAUUGGAUCAAAUGUGAAAAUGCAAUGUUCUCAGUCAAUCCAGGAGCAGGCAGUGUGAUUGAUAUGUUUGAUUGCAGGUGGAGGGAGACAGGCCCUUCAGACGGUGCCAGGCAUCCCCGGGGGAACACGUGCAGGCGCCGGCAAGAUCGGCCGCAUGAUCGCAGAGGAGGUGAUGGAGACUCAGAGGUGAGAGAGUGAAGGCAGAAAAUGGAUGACAGGUUGUUAAUAGCUGUAGAACCAAAAGAAUAACACCCAGACCAUGAAGCCUGUCUCGUUCGGUGAUUACUUUUCUGUAUCAUCCCUUCGUGUGAAUUCCCUGCUCUGAUAUUUAUGCACCCUUUAUCAAAAAGUGACAGGCUUGCAAAUGAGUCUGUUCAGUUGGGCUAUGUCAGCUAUGAUGAAUUACCUGGAGCUGAAGGUUUAUUAGCUGACUUCUUCACACUGUCUCAGAGCCCUAGUCUAAUGGCGUCGUCUGUUCUUCUCUCUGCCAGGACCAGAGGCUCCACACCCUCCAGCUGUGGCUCCAGCCCCCUGAACAUCAGCACCCCUCCUCCAGACUGCUCUCCAGGGGGCAAGAGAGUGAGUCUGAGGGAGCCACACAAUAAGAACAUUGGGAUGGUUGAAAGAUGACAUUGAUGGAUUUUUCCAAUAGCAAUGUCUGGCACAAGAAAUUGAUACCUCGCUCGCAUCACUGAUUAAUUUGUUGGAUCUUGUGCUUGAUCCAGUAUUGUCUGUUGGUUACUUAGUCAGGACUCUGUCCUGUGGUUGAAAGCUGAUCUUCUAUGUAGACCACCACUGACCUAUUUGUUCUUGCAGAUUCAGUCUGGAACGCCAGACCUUCCGUCGGCAGGAAUGCUACCAGGAGGACCUGACUCCAUUGGAUACCCAUACUCCAACCAGUCCAUUAUGAGUAAGUAGCUGUGCACACAAAUGUAACAUGUUCUAAGAAUUUCAAACACUGAAUCCUGCCCAUUCAAGUAAACAUGUCAUAUUUGUGGUGAAAAAACAAAGCCGUAUCAAAAACCAGUUUGACUAACUACAGCACUUUCCUUCAACACCCCUCUAGGUGACAACUCGCACCUCAGCAUUGACAUCAUGGACGAACCAGGCUCCAGCAGCCCCAGUAACGACGAGGCAGCCAUGGCUGUGAUCAUGAGUCUCCUGGAGGCUGAUGCAGGCCUCGGUGGCCCUGUGGACUUUAGUGACUUACCCUGGCCCUUG